AUGGCGGAGGAGGCGAGGCGCGCCGCGCGGGAGUGGGCGGCGCGGGGGGAGGGGGAGGGCGGGGAGGCGGGGAGGGACGAGGUGGAGGAGAUGAGGGCGAGGUUGGACGCCGUCGCGCGCGAGCGCGAUCUGGCGGUGGGGAAGCGCGAGAUGUUGCAGGCGGAGGUGGACGUGCUGCGGAGUCGUAUCGGGCUGGAAGAGGAGGAGGAGGGGGAGGAGGAGGAGGAUGAACGGGAGGAGGGGGGCGACGCGCUGAUGACAUCGCCGGAGUUGGGCUCGUCGAAGACGGACUACGCGGCGGCGCUGGGGAUGUCGCGCGAGGCGUUCGACGCGCUCCCGAAGGCACAGCGCCGGCGGCUCAGAAACCGCGUUUCCGCCGAUAAGAGCCGCAAGAAGCAUCGCGCUAUGGUCCAACGGCUCAAAGCCGAGCUCGACGCCGUCAAGCUCCAGAACGCCGUGUUGCAGGAGCGGCUGGACGCCGUGCAGGGGCAGCGUUCUUAA